AACUUGUUGUGGAAAUUUGCCAUUUGAGGUCUUGAGUAAAACGAUAUUCCAAAUUGGAUGGACAAUACAUACACACGCAUGUCCAUAUAAAAAAUGAAUGACCUGAGGGGUAUUCCAUCAAAGUCGUUGACGAAGGCGGGGCUUAGUUGAUUAAGCCCGGUUAGAACUAACGCCAACUUCCUCCACUUGAGGCUUAGGCCAUUCCAUCAACACAAUUCAGCCGCGCUUUGUUAAGGUUAAUUCAAACCAGGCUAACGUUAUCGUGUAUUACGUGCGCUAACGAGAUAAAUAACCAUUCCAGAACCUUGAGUGUCGAUCCAUGGAUAAAAGGUCCGAAAAGGCACGAGCGGGAUUCUUUUCCAGCGGCGAACAGAAGCUGCUUAUCGAGGUCUACGAGGACUACAAGCACAUAAUAACACAAAAAGGGAACACGAUCAUCAUUAAUAAAAACAGGGAUGCCGCCUGGCAAGUAAUCGCCGAUAGGUUGAAUGCAAGUGGUCUCGGCAACGACAAAAGAACAUGGAUACAGGUUAAAACCAAACAUAAAAACAUAUUGCAGAGUGCAACAAAGAAGAAAAGUGACAGCCUUAAGACAGGUGGGGGGAAUCCACCAAAGGGCCUCACUCCAGCCGAGGACCUGGCUUUGGCCCUCAACCGUGGAAGACCAUUAAAACAAGAAUUGGUGGAUCCUCCACAGGAGGAUGUAUUUGGCCAACAAGAAGUUGAACAAAUGUUCACAUUGGAUGAACCAGAUGAGGAGGCCUCGUCUGCUGUCACCGACGUAUCAGAUAGCAUCCCUGAGACGAGACGAGCAGCAGGACAAAAUGAAGAUGUCAAGGCCAUUUACAAAAGGCACCUCCUGCUUGAUAUCGAGUAUAAGCGACUGAAAAUGCGCAAAGUUCAACUUGAAAUCAAGAAGCUGGAAAAGGAAGACGCGAACUCGGGCCGGCCGCACCACAACACCGCAGCGCUGGGCCACUCACGCAACUGAUGGUUCCCGACGGCGGUAGAAUACAUGUAAUGGCAAACUAACUAGCAUCACCAUCAGCACCCCAGCACCCACCCCCAGCACUAUGGAAAGCGGCAGAGACAGCCCAUCCUUGGAGAUGACUGCGCCUGUGCCUGUGAAUACAAAUCCACAGUGUUAGCAUGGGCUAAACUCUGCACCAUUACCGUAAGCCUAACUUUCGAUACAAAACCAAAUGAAUCAUGUUAUUAAAUCUGUUCCCCAGUGAAUCAAAGAAAAAUUACUGCACACUUUGUCUCUAACAGAUUUACGUAUUUUUCUCUUGCAAAAAGAAGGUAUUUUUCUCUUGCAAAAACCACUUCCCCUUUGCUCUGAAACCAUCCGACCACAACGUCCCUGUGUUCAGCCCAUAUAGACGUGAAAGAAACUAUAUGUACUAAUCUUCUAAUCUAUACUAACCUUUACAUAAUCCGACUAACCUGUGCUUACAUACCUACUAACAUUCUCACUAACCUAUGCAACUGCUGUCCUAUGUUCUCCUGUCCUAUGGAACGUGUAACUGGUUCUGUUCUGGCCUGAUACUCUAACCCUAAACCCUGAACACCCUAAACCCUAGGUGCCAUGCCGUAAUUCCGACACCUCAUUGUUCCGACGUCUCAAUGGUCUGAAAUAUUUCCCAUUAGAUCGACAUGCCACU